UCAGGAUGCUGUUUCCUCUGCCUCUGCGGGUAGCCUGCAGCCUGCUUGCUUGGCUGUGUCUCUACGCUUGGUUCUGCCAUCGCUACAAGCACCGGGAUUAUGAAUGGAGCUGCAGGCUGGUCACCCUGACCCAUGGCAUCCUCGCUACCUGUCUCUCUGCUUAUAUUGGCUUUAUCGAUGGUCCCUGGCCUUUAACUCAUGCAGGUUCGCCAAACACAAUUCUUCAAGUGCAUGGGCUGUGCCUUAGCUUGGGCUACUUCCUCUUCGACCUCUUUUGGUGUGUGUACUUCCAGACGGAGGGUGCCCUGAUGCUGGCCCACCAUCUGGUGAGCAUCUUGGGCAUCACAGCGUCCUUGGCACUCGGCGAAUCAGCCGCUGAGGUCAACGCCGUCAUCUUUGGCAGCGAGAUCACUAACCCGCUGUUGCAGGCCCGCUGGUUCCUGAGGGAGAUGGGCUGUUACCACAGCCUCACAGGCGACCUCGUGGAUUUCUUCUUCGUGGUUCUCUUCACGGGGGUGCGGAUUGGAGUGGGGGCCUGGCUGAUGUACUGUGAACUUGCCUCUCCCAAACCCAGGUGGUACAUUAAGUUGGGUGGCGUGAUCAUGUAUGCUGUCUCCUGGGUUUUCAUGGUCAGCAUCUGUCGCUUCGCGAGGAGGAAGAGCAUGAAGAAGUACCACGCUUGGAGGAGUCGCAGGAGUGAAGAGUUGUACUUCAGAACAAAUGGACAUUUGAAAAAUCACUGAGUGGAUGCCGAGCACAACCUUCCUCGAGUUCAUAAUCUGGCAAGGAGGGAAUCAUGCCUGAAAUGCCACUGUCGGGAAAGGAGCCAAUGCACGUUAGCAGUUCUGGAGCCAAAUUUCUCUCUGGCAUAACUCCAUUGAAAUCUAUGGAGCUAUGCCAUGGAUUCAUGGGAUCUGCACUGUUUGGCCUGGCAGGGGCUGGCUCCAUGUGUAUAUAAGUAUAAACUAAAUGAUAUUAGUGAAAUAAGGGCUAAUUUUACAGACUAAACAUUACUAGGUCAGCAGUGCAGGUGUAAAUAGCAGUGUUAGUAGCUAACUCCUUCAGCACUGGUACAGUUUUGAAGGAUAUGAGGAAA